AAUGUUAAUCCAUCGACUAGUUGUCGCUAAAGUCGUGGCAACCCUGGUCAUACUCCAAUAAGGAGAUGAAUUUCUUUAGAAAAUGAAUUCAGCAAAUUUGAAAACAUCCAGCCACAAACCGUACUCAGAUUUGAUUUGAGAAGGAGCGUCAUUAGAGUGCCGAGAUAUUUUUUAGAUUUUUUUCCCCGCAACAUAUUUCAAGCGAUAUAAAAACCAACAUGAGUUUGUCUGGAACCGCAUCCAAAAACCAAUCGCGAAGAAGCUCUCGGCGGCAUCGUACUAAAGAUUUGGAACAGGAGGUGGAGUUAAUUAUGUCACAAGAGGAUGAUAGUGAUAUGGAAAUGGAAAAGUCGAAAGAAAAUGAUUUACCGACUACACCCAAAUCACACAAGCAGAUUGAUUAUCAGCAUCGAUCUCCUAGCGUAGGUACGAACGAUACACUGGCACAAACGCCUAGGCGGAGCACUCGCAAGAGCAUUAAACCGGUUCAAGAAUAUGAAGAUAUUGUAAGCCGCAAACGUCAGUUGAGAUCUGCCUCUAAGAUCGAAGCGGAAAACAUACAAGAUGCUGAUGAAGAGCCACAAGCCAAAUGGACGCCAGCUAAAGUGGGUCGUGUUUCACAAAAACGGAGCCGUAAAAGCCGCAAAUCGACGAAAAAUCAAAAUAAGUCAAAAAUAAUUAGUUCAAGUGAAGCUGAAGAUAAUGAAUAUGAAAAGGACAGUCUAAAAACUAACACUUCUGAAGAAAGUCUACAAAUUCAGGAUUCGGUUGAUACGGUAGAAUCCGAAGCUGUGGCUGAGAAAAAUAUGGACAUACUUAUCAAUAAAAUUACUGAAAAUAAGGCCAAAUACACCAACGAAAAUAUUGGGAGUGAAUUAAGGAAAGAGCAACAAGAAGAUUGUAUCAAUUUUAAAGAAAUUGAAGCAAAGCAAGGCGAUGGCGUUGGAACUUAUUUAAAAAAUGAUACUUUCAACACAUCUGAUUUAGGGAUUAAUCCAUUGCCUGAAGAAAUCGAAGAAAAUGAGGGACAGCAAACCAAUUCAGAGCAAAAAAUAUUCAAUGCUAUGAAUGAAUCAUUCACCAUAACUCCAGACGCCUUAGAAGUAAAUAAUGUAGAAGUCCCAGUUGUAAUAAAUAAUGAAGAUUCUGGCUAUAAAUUGGAGGACCAACAAAAAAGUGAGGAUUCUUAUAACAAAGCAUCUGGGGAUGUGGAGGUAGAUGAUUCAGAAAUCCCACUGGUUAUAAUUAAAGAUGACACAUUGAAUAACAGCGAUUGCGUGUUGGUAAAUAAGGAUUUAUCGGAACACGUAGAUGACGACAUGCAGCCAUUACGACUUUCCGAUGAAGAAAGUUCCACAUCCCCACCCCGAAAAGCACCACGUGUAAUUCUGACUAAUGAGGAGGGGAAAGAGCAAAUUUUAAAUUCUUCCACUCUGUUUAAUGCGGGUGUAACACCGAAGAGAUAUUCGAAGACCGUGGAACGUAAGCCAACUCCUUUUAGACCUAAGGCUACUGUUCCAAAUAACGAAGAAGAAGAAGAUUGUGAAGAGGGUGCACACUCAAUAACAAUAGAAGUUUCUAAAAUGGAGCCUAAAGAAAUUGUAUUGCGUAGCAUUCGAAAACGUUCUUUGUCCGUGUGCAUUGGUAAUACUGAAGCAGAAAAUAGGCGCAAAAAUGUUACAUUUUAUAGUCCUGCUAAUCAAACGACUAUAUUGGAAGACUUGGACACACGCAUUGUGCAAAGUGUGAAGAAAAAUUACGGCGCAAAAACGGGUGGCAACGUAACGUCAUUUGUAACUCAGCGUCGCAAACGGUCUAUGUCCUUUGAUGAGGCUUUGAUAAAUAAAUCAAAACCUAAAAGCCAAACACCAAGCAAAGUACACAUGACACCACAGAAAGCCAAGGCACCCCGUACAAAGUUGCCAAACUUUGCAGCAAUACAUCAAAAACAUUUUGAGAAGAUGGAAAAUCUUGUGGAUCAUGUAAAUCGCAAGGCAGAGCGAGCUAAAAUACUCAUCAACUCUGCUACUAAACAACGCACUGCUUCUGCACAAAAGGAGGCAAAAACUCAACAUGGCGUUGGUACUCCAUCCGCCGUAGCAGAAAAACCCAAAGCUGUAAAGCGAAUUGACUUACCGGAUUCGUCCAACUCAACAUUUACCCAAACAAGUAAUACAUCGCUGUAUAAGGCAGUUGAGACAACACGCAAAGAUUUGAAUGAUUCAAAACUUCCUAUUCCACGUGUUGGUGUUUGCAAGCCGAUGCUAGGUAUGCAAACGGUCCAAAAAGAAAAUCGUCAAGUAAAUUUACCAGAUCCACGGUUAGGUAUAAUUAAGCCACAUACAACCACCAAAGCCAGCAGCAAAAAUAAGCAAUUGACGCCGGCAAAGAACGCGUUCAAACCGACACAAACACGUCAAGCACCCAAGCCAGCUUUCAAUCUAUCUACGGCACUAGAAUCACAUUUUAACUAUACAAAGUUGGAUGUCGCAACUGCAUCAGUUGCGAAAACCCAUACCAAGGCCACAAGCGCACCACCAGCAGCCAUGUCGAUUGAUGAAAAAAUAGCUAAACGGCGCCAACGUCACAUGGAUAUGUUCAAGGCCCGUGGAGCGAAUGCGCGUACUACGCCGGGUACGGCGGAAAAGAACUACGGGCAACUUAUACGCGGCGUACGUUCAAAUCGUAGAUUUGAGCUGCAAAUGGCGCAUCGUAAGAAUAUGGAACAUUAAAUCGUUUACAAAUGCAUUCUAUUUUUAACAUUUACCUCUAGUUGUAUGUUCUUUAGUUUACAGCUUUUCAGGCUUUAUUAACCAAGUUUUGUAUGAGUUUAUUAAUGUUUGACCUGGAUGCGGUCAACAAGAAUCACUUUAAUCUUGA